GGGGGGGAUGGCGUGUGCAUGGGAGGCUCAGUGUGUAGAUGUGGUGGUGUGUGGUGGUAGUCCCGGUGCUCAAGUGUGCUCAGGUGCUCAGCACCUCUCAUCUUCACACUGUUUCUGACCUAUGCUGGACCACACCAUCAAUUAUCACCGGUCAUUGACAAAAAAACAAAGAAUGAUUGGUGACAUGGAGAAUGCUUGCGGUGCUGUAAGUUUGUCCUCGCGUCGCUGUGAACUUGUCUUCAACGCCCAACAGUAGCUGAGAUGGAGGCGCUGCCUGUAGGACAAGCAGCUGUGUGGGUGUCAGGAGUGCUUGCAGCAGCAACAGCUCGGGUUUCCACGAGGCAAGCAGUUGUGUGGGUGACCGUGGUGUGGACAGCAACAGCAGCAGCAGCAGCUGCAGCAGGACCAGCUGAGGGCUCCACAACCCAGACACUCAGAGUAGGACUGGAGGCUCCUGAGUGCAUACACAAGGGGGUGACACUCCUCUGUGACUAUAGGAACUCCCAUCAGGCGGUGCACAUAGGAGGCCCAGUGGACGAGAGAGUGCACAAGGUGUUCGUGUACAAUAGUGACACUCUGCUUAUCAGCGAGUCGCUGUGCGUGAACCUGUCCGUGACGAAUGUGACCAACGUGACGGUGGUGUCUGGUGGUCAAGGCUGUCACUCCACCUUAGAAUUCUCCUCCAAACGUUCGAGCCUGAACAAGCUCCCGAGCCGGGCCGACCAGAUCUACCUGGAGGCUAGCAACAUAACGCGGCUGUUCGCGUCGGUGGACGUAACGCACCUUACCGUCAUCGGUUCCCUUAUCGACGUCCUGGAAGUGCGGGCUCCUCUCCUGGACAGCAUCCAUGCCAUUUUUCACUCUACUAGGAUAAACACGUUUAAAAAAAUGCAGCUGAGCCGUGGCUCGCGGCUUCUGUUUGAAAACACACACGUUGGUCAUCUCCUGGUCAGAUGUUUAGUCGUGGAGGGAGGUGACGUAGUUAUGAGAGAUUCCUUCACCAGAAUGGCUUCCGAGGACAGUAUAGUCAUGGCGGCUGGAAGCACACUGACUUUGGACAACUACACUGGUAGUUUGAAGGUAACUACGGUCAGGGAACAACCGACUCUGCUGACUGCCACAUACGCACCAACGACGGCCAAGGAAUGCUCUCUCAUUGUCACUUACUUUAGGGAAUAUGUUGCUUGUCUAGUCUUAAUGCUCCUUACAAUCCUCUCAUUUACAGUCGCUACCUUACUCCUUCACCUGAGGAGGAAAUCAGAACUUUGGAGUCGCUCCAACUUAAGACAGAGCUCUCCUGAGCCACUUGACAAAGAAGAUGUUAAAUUUACAAGUGACCCUUUACUUAGCUAUGACCAAGAAGAUGAACAAAAGUCGUUUCUAAAGCAAGUGUCUGGAAAGCAAGCAGAGUCGUACCUACACAAUCUGGAACGCCUCACCCAAGAAGUUUGCACCUCGAUGCAGAAGCAGAAAUCGCUGUUAGAAGAUGAAUUAAAAGUUGUUGAGAAAGAGUGCCGGGCAAAACUAAAGGAAAUUGAUGACAGAAGACAUAAUCGAUCCCAGAUAGAAGAAGAUCUGAUUAACAGUGAACUCCAUGAUCACGAAACUAAAUAUCACAGCGAAGAGAAGCGCAAGGAUAAAAACUGGGAAGAAUUAACGCGACUCCUGCAUCAAAUACGAGCUUUAAAGACGUCGAAAGAGGCGCUAUACAACACCAGAAAUGAAGAGGAAGUAGAGCAAGUGGAGUACACAGCCAAGCUCAACGAGGCCAACAUGAAGUUCCUGAAGGCCCUCAACAAGGUGGGCCAGAUAUCGCUGGCCACUUGGCGUACUUCGCGCGGUUCCAUUGGCGAAUGUCACCCUGACCUGGUGGCCAUGGACGACUUGUUUAAACACGUUGUCAAGUCUCUCAACGAAGAACUCGUGAACAUUAUCCAUAAAUCAGAAACGAAGGCUGAACUUGAACAGUAUAUAAUGCACCAUGAAUUAAAUAGCCUGAAGGAACAGAGAGACAAAGUGUUAGAGGAAUUAAACACAAAAUACAAAAUGGAACAUUUUAAUCUAGCCAAUAGAACCCAGACCACUGAAGCCUCAAAAAUCAAGCGAAAGAAACUGAAAGCCUUUUACGAUUCCAGAACCGACGUCCUAACUCUGUCACAAAGACUGGAACAGACUGAAGUUCUUAGCGAGAGAUCGGGCCACAAACUCACACUCGCUCACCUCAAUCGCACAACGCAGUUGCAGAAGCAAUACAUUAACGAGGUGGAGAAUAUUUUGUCGAUGCUCGAGUAUGUCUUGAGAUUCAACGUGAAACUGGUGAGGAAAAUGUUGGACUUUCCAUGCGAGGAACUUCCUGUAGGAGCCGACCAGCCACCGGCAGAAUUGCCACAGCUGCCCGCGCAGAACCUGGCAGGGGGCCACACAGAUGACAGUCUGUUAAACCAGUCCUCAGGCUAAGAAUCGCCAUGAGACUGAUGACGUCUGUAAUAUGACCAAAAAGCCGCAUUAACAAGAAUAAGACAUAUAACCAACUAUAACACACAGUGCAAAUAUUAUAGCUUCUGGAAACAGCAAAGAGAAAAAAUAUAGAUAUUUCUUCCCAUGCAUUACAAAUAAAAGCCCCCAAAACCAUUUUAAUUGCUGUAAGGUGUUCCAAACUGUCAAUAAGGGUGAAUUUCAACAGCCAGACAACAGAUUCCGAACCUCCGAUCAAGAGUUUGGAAUCUGAACGCAGCUCGGGCAGUUACGAGUUUUGUAAUCAUAAUGAAAUAAUUAUAAUAGACCAUUGUAUACCAUUGUAUUUUUUUUGUCAUUACCUUUUAGUAACAUAACCCCCCUCCCCUCCCCGAGGGUAAUGGAUUACCCCCUUUUGUGCGAAUGACAGUAGAUAAACCCUUGGUCAGUAGGGUUAUACCUAAACCCCUUUUGGACCGAAUGGUUAUACAUGAGCUACUUUUGUCCUAAGGCUAUACAUAAACGCCUUUUCAAAGGAUAAUUGUUGUACAGUAACGACCUAU